CGGCACCCACAAACCCUACCCUAUAAACCAAAUUCGCAAUUCCUUCUUCUCAACACUUCCAUUCUCAUUCUAAUUUGUAGAACAUUUUUUUCGAAUUAGGGUUACAUCUUCUAUUCAAUUUAUCAUGGACGCGCAGAGAGCUUUGCUCGACGAACUCAUGGGUACAGCGCGCAACUUGACGGAGGAAGAGAGAAAGGGGUACAAGGAAGUUACUUGGGACGACAAGGAAGUGUGUGGAUUCUACAUGGUGCGCUUUUGCCCUCACGAUCUCUUCGUCAACACGCGCAGUGAUCUCGGUGCUUGCCCAAGAAUUCACGACCCAAAAUUGAAAGAAAGUUUUGAGAAAUCUCCAAGACAUGAUGCAUAUGUACCCAAAUUUGAAGCCGAACUUGCUCAAUUUUGCGAGAAAUUGGUGAUGGACUUAGAUAGAAGAGUAAGGCGGGGACGAGAGCGCCUUGCUCAAGAGGUGGAGCCAGCACCACCCCCACCUCUGACAGCUGAAAAAUCUGAGCAGUUAUCUGUUGUGGAGGAGAAAAUAAAGAACCUUCUUGAACAAGUUGAAUCUCUUGGCGAAGCUGGGAAAGUUGAUGAAGCUGAAGCUCUUAUGAGGAAGGUGGAGACACUUAAUGCUGAGAAGACAGCUUUAACACAACCUCAAAAUGAUAAGGUGUUGAUGCUUGGUCAGGAGAAGAAGAUGGCACUAUGUGAAAUUUGUGGUUCUUUUCUUGUGGCAAAUGAUGCUGCAGAAAGGACACAGUCACAUGUCACAGGGAAGCAGCAUGUUGGUUAUGGCAUGGUUCGUGACUUCAUAACUGAGUAUAAGGCUGCUAAGGAGAAAGCUAAUGAUGAGGAAAAGUUAGCCAAGGAAAAAGAGGCCGAAGACCGGAGGAAACAGAGGGAGAAGGAGUAUGAGAGGAGGAGACGGAGUGAUUCAAGUGAUAGGGAUAGGCACCGUGAUAAAGAUCACAAUAGGGAUCGGGACAGAUAUAGGGACAGAGACUCGGAGCGUGAAAGGUCUCGGGAGAAUGAUGGUAGAGGCUACCGAGAUGGGGGAAGGGUAGUAGAUUAUAGGUUGAGGAAUGGACGAAAUGGAGGUAGAGACCGGUACCGUGAUAGGAGCAGAUCACGUUCUCCUGGUAAGCAUAGCUACAGAAGAUCUUCUUGAAGUCCAAUUUGCUCAAAUUAGAGGAAUUUCUUGAUAGAUAUCAGAAUUUGAAUUUACAAGAGGUAGUCUUUAAUAUCCCAAGACUUACAUGAAUAUGUGCUUUUGGAGUCUUGAGUUUUUUUUUUUUUUGUCAUCAUCAAGGGUGAAUUUACACUUUUCCCAUCUCAGAGCUUUGUUGAGAGUGUACAAUCUCCGUUUCAUCAAAUAUUAUUAAUGGAGAAAAGGGUUGAGGUAGGUAUUUCACUGUUGUAACUUCUCUUACAAUUUGUUUUGCACCUUGAUUUAAGUUAUUUAUGAUGAUUCAUCUCUGAAGCAUUGUGUGUAGUCUUUCUUUUCUCUCAUUUCUGGGAAUCAAUUGAUUGAUUUAAGAUGUCAGACACAAAAUUUCAUGAAUGAAUGUCAUUGCUGCCGAGGGGGAUGGUUUUCUCUUGUAUUGAGGUUUAAAAAAUGCUGCUUAUUCUGACAUGAAAUUUGACAUUGAACUACAUUCCGAAGGCACCAGUAUAGAAGAUAUAGGUAACCUUACUGAAUCUGUUGUUAGUUAUCUCCCAAAUCCAUGGUAUCAUAGCAUAUUUAUUAUAUAUUUGGUGUGUGAUAUCAUCCGAUAACAUCAUAUUCUGGAUGGAGAAUUAAAUUUUAUUCCAUAGUUUCCUGAUGUCAUUCUUUAUAUGGGGUUCCGGUGCGAAAAAGAUUACUAGUUCAUGUAGUCCAGUAUAAGUAGACGGUUAUUUUACCCAUUUGGCAACUGGUUUGGAAUGGUAAAUAAUUACAGGAAGGCAAAUCAUCCUCUGUAAAAGUAACGAUUUACAGAGUGUUCGAAUAGAAAAUGAAAUGACCAUAUACAGGGAUUUGGUUGUCUUUGCUUUUCGCAUGAAAAACUUUCGAUGAUGUGGAAUGCAGAAUCUCUCCUUUCAUGAACAAACGUUCUUCCUUUGUUCUCCGGGUGAUUGGAGGUAAAUUGUCUCUCAUAUCUGGGUCAGGCGUUUAAUUUGGUGUUCAGGAACUCAAGUUUCCUUGUGAUCUUUGAUAGCUAUAUACGUGCAGGAAAAUAACCCUGGCCUCUUGUUAUAAAACCGAGGUAAAAUGCAAAUUAAGCUCUAAUUAUUAUUUUUUUCUCUUUAUAUGUGGAGAAAGGGAUAUGCUUUUUAUUAUUCAAAAUAGCAGCCCAAUCCUUGAUGAACCUAGGACUUGAGUCAAUACACUUCAAACUUGCGAUCUUAAAGAUUGUAAAAAUUCAAGGAAAGAAAAUUAGCGAUUUUUGGAGCAAUAA